GCAGAUAUAGACACUAAUCAUCACUUGAAAGAGACCAUAACAUAAUCAUUCAUCCCAUUGACCACUGGCUUCUUUGAGAAUUAGCGUCUCCUAAACGAACAAACUGCACGUAGCAGCCCAGGGCUGGCAUGAAUGAUGGCGCUGUUUGACAUUGGGGUUUGGCCUAUAAACUUGGGCACUGUCACCACUGUCACCGCUGGCUUUCUGGCCUUGUCUUUCGUUUUCCGCUAUACUUCAGGGAAAAAGGUGCAUCCAAGCGAGCCAAUAGUUAUUCAGCCAUGGGUUCCUCUCAUAGGCCAUUUGGUGGGAAUGGCGCUGCAUGGCGGCCGAUAUAUCAAACAGCUUGGUUUGUCUUACCCCGAAGAGCCCAUCCUGACUUUGCCUGUGCCGGGAUCUCGAAUUUAUGUCGUUACGGAGCCGUCCUUGGCUGCUAGUGUUCAGCGUAAUACAAAAACGCUAUCCAUGUCACCUCUGCUGCCAGAGAUAACACAGCGGGUGCUUGGGCUUGACGAGAGGACCUAUCAUGUUAUUGGCCAAAAUCUGGAUCCAGAGCCGGGCGAGCCACGGGGAUUCUUUGCUGACAUCCAUGACUGGGUGUAUACCUCCCUAGGACCAGGUGAAUAUGUAAAUACGCUGAGCUGUGAAGCUGCCCAGGAACUAUGUCUUCAGCUACGUGAAAGAAUUGGCCUUCUUGAUAAGGCUAUUGAUGCCCCUCAGCCUAUUAAUCUUUUGGCCUGGACUCGCCAUAUGGUAACCGUUGGCACGGCGAAAUAUCUCUUUGGACCCCAUAAUCCCAUUGCUGAGGACCCCGACCUAGAGCAUGCGUUCUGGGCAUUUGAUCACGGCCUUGCGGGGUUACUUAUUGGAAUAUUGCCAUCCGUCAUAGCACCUAAGGCGUAUAGCGGCCGUGAGAAGCUGUCCGCUGCGUUCCGCAGGUAUUUGGAUGCUGGUCAUUUAGAGUCAGCGUCAUCAAUUGUACAGGGUAGAGCCCGGAUAGAAAAAGAAUAUGGCAUGAGCACAGACAUGACGGCUCGCUCAGCUUUAUCCUUUCUUUUUGCCGGUAUCGUAAACACGACAACCACAACGUUCUGGACAGUAUUACGAAUAUUUGCGGAUGCAACGCUACUCGCUGAGGCGCGCCAGGAGAUCCGCCGGGCGCUGGAGCUUAGUAGCCAACGCACUGGACCGGGCUCACUGAGCAUUGGAAUAGUUAAAGAAAUUUGUACCACGCUCGCUGCUGUUUAUAAAGAGAGCCUGCGCACCGGAUCGGAGAAUUUCUCUGUUCGCAUGAUCAAAGAGGACACGAUGCUGGCUGAUCGAUACUUCUUGAAGAAGGGUGCUGUUGUACAGAUCUCUGGAGGCGUUAUCCAUGCUAAUCGUUCGAUUUGGGGCCAAGAUGCUGAAGACUUCAACCCGGAUAGGUUUCUUAAGGAAAAGAGUAGAGGUGAUGGGUUUCACCCAGCGGCAUUUCGUGGAUUCGGCGGUGGCAAGACAUUGUGCCCUGGUCGUGACUUUGCGACUAACGAGAUUCUCAUGUUUGCAGCCAUGAUUAUCCACGCAGUUGACUUGGCUGCACCUGGAGGCGGUAGCAUUUCUGUCCCAAAGAAGAAUGAUCGGGUGAUGCCUGUUCAUAUCCUUGAACCGAAAUAUUUCCCCGAGGUUAUCGUCAGGCCAAGGGCAGAGGAAGCUGAGACUUUGGGCCAACUUAGAGUGGUGAUGUAAGGCGGCGUGCGGUGCGGUACUCCUGAGUUUACCUCGAUAUGCAGUAGUGAUUGAUUUGAUGGCCAAUUAGGUCUCUGACUGGCGAGGCAGAGAUUUGCUCAUUUAGCGCUCAAGAUGCUGGCGUCAGCAUUGAUGGUGAAAUUUAAUUGUAGAAUUGAAGCAGCUACGCGUAUUAACCACAAUCACUGCUAUCGACACUGUUAAUGGGGUUAUGCAAGUGCAGAGAUGAAAG